GUGUUUGACUGCCAUUUUCUUCCGAAUGAAGUCAAGUACACUCACAACGGAUGCCCAAUUCUUGAUGAAGACUUUGUCAUACUAAGGCUUUAUAGGUUUACAGAAACUGAAACUUUCACCGAAACAGUCACUCUUCUUGUAAAGAUACUUGAACCAGAUUGUAAUAUUGUCAAGAUGAGUUCCAGUGCUUUGGAAGUCCCUGAAUUUCAUGGCCUGUCUAACAUAAUUAAUAAGAACAUAAUCACUUUGGACUACAACAGGAAGAUAAACUUGGAAUGCACUAUAAGCUUGAACUCUUUAGAGACGUUUCUGCCAGCCCACGGGCAACUUGUUAUUGGAAAAAACAAAGAAGAAGUACCUAGAGGAGAUCAGCCACAGAGUUCCUUCCAUACAACCAACCUGAAGACUGUUCAGAAUAUCAGAGUGAACUGUGAUGAGUUUCUUUUGAUGGGACUUAGAUACCAACAUUUGGACCCUCCUUCACCUAAUAUUGAUUACAUUCCCAUCAGGCUAGAUCUCACUGAUACCAGAAGCAAGAUUUUGUAUAAGUCUGAGUAUGCUUGGAUUCCUGUUCAGAUCAAAAAUGCAGUUUCUAACCAGCCCCCCCAACCUGCCUUCAUGGCCAUGCUCAUCUUAGAAGCAGAUCAAUUCAUCCUGAGUCCCCUAUCCACAGCCAUAUUGGAUGCUGAAGACAGUGAAACAUCCAAAUCUUUGCUAGUCUUUAAUAUCACCCAGCCACCCCAGGAAGGUUACAUUACACACCUACAAGACCACACGAAAUCUAUCUCAUCCUUCACUUGGACCAGCCUGGAUAACAUGCUGAUUGCAUAUCAACCUCCAAAUAGCAGCCAUACAGAGAGAAGAAACUAUGAGGUGGAAUUUGAAGUUUAUGAUUUGUACUUUGAAAGAAGUGUGCCAAUGACUCUUUAUAUCUCUGUGAGAACAGCAGACACAAAUGCACCGAGGGUUUCAUGGAAUAUGGGUCUUGAUCUCCUGGAAGGUCAGUCUCGCCCCAUAACAUGGGAGCAGCUUCAGAUUGUAGACAACGAUGAUAUCAGUGGAGUUCGCUUGGUCCCUGUGGAUGGGUUACAACAUGGGCAGCUUACUGUAAGAGGAGGGAAAGGAUUCAUGUUCAAUGUCUUGGAUCUUAAGACUGGAGUUGUUCGUUACCAUCAUGAUGACAGUGAUUCCACUAAAGACUCCAUUGUCUUUAGGAUCUUUGAUGGCCACCACAGUAGCCGCCACAGGUUUCCAAUCAAUAUUCUGCCCAAAGAUGACAGCCCUCCGUUUCUCAUUAGUAAUGUUGAAAUAGAGGUCCAUGAAGGAGAAACGAUCCUGAUCCAAAGUUCAAUGCUUCAAGCAUCAGAUAUGGACUCUAGCGAUGACUACAUACUCUUCAAUAUCACCAGAUUACCGCAAGCAGGAGAAAUAAUGAAAAAACCCAAAACAGAUUUUAUUGCCAUACAGAUGCUGGAAAAUUAUUCAUGGUAGAGAGUAUUCCUAGGCUUAUCAAGGAUCCUUCUAUUCCACCACUAAGAUCAUUCACUCAGCAUGCCAUAAACCACAUGAAAGUUGCCUAUGUGCCGCCCAUGGAAGAUAUUGGUCCUGAACCUCAACACAUCCAGUUCGCAUUUUCCAUCAGCAAUCAACAUGGGGGAACUUUGUAUGGCAACUGUUUUAACAUUACUGUCCUUCCAGUGGACAAUCAGUCUCCAGAGGUGCUUACAAACAACUUGAAAGUGGAAGAAGGGGGCCAGAGCACCAUUACCAAAGGCCAUAUUUUGAUUUCAGAUGUGGACACCAAGCUGGAAAACAUACGUAUACAUCUCCUUAAGCUCCCUCUUCAUGGAACUAUUGAGUUAAAUGAGAAUCCUAUGAACCAAAGAGAUUGGCUGACGUGUGAAGAUUUACAGAUGUCCAAAGUCAGGUACCAUCAUAAUGGUUCAGAGUUUCCACAGGAUCAUAUUCUUUUUGAGGCUACAGAUGGCGUUAAUUCCUUCGAAUUCAUCCUCCAUGUGAAGGUAAUUUCUGUAAAUGAUGAACCCCCGGUGAUGAAUGCUGACCUCAUUCCCUUCAUGCAGUGUCCAGAAGGACAGGCGGUGUCCAUCACUUCAGAGCACCUCUAUGCAACUGAUAAAGAUAGUGAAGACAUGCAGCUUUUGUUCAUGCUUGCGCGACCUUCUAAGUAUGGGGUUGUGAAGAGAGGCGGACUUGUGAUAGAUCGCUUUCUCCAAGCUGAUGUUGUUUCUGGAACUGUGACAUAUGAACAUACAAGUGGCGAGAUUGGCCUAGCUCUUAUCUUUGAUGUUCUUACCUUUAUUGUGUUGGAUGAUGAAAUUGAUCCUGAUGUAAAGGCCUGUUGCGACGAGAAAGCUUCAUUUUUUCCUGUACCAUAUCAUAAAUCCUUUCCAGUAUAUGAUAUUAAUAUUACAAUAUUUCCAGUUGACAACCAGCCACCAUCCAUUGCCACUGGACUUGUGUUUGCUGUGCAGGAAGGUGCCUCAGCAACUAUCACAAGUAAACACUUGUACGCCACUGAUCUUGACACCAAUGCAGAUGACUUACAGUUUGUUUUAACAUCCCCUCCCCAGUUUGGGUACAUAGAAAAUAUAUUACCAUCUCCUGGUUUUGAGAAAAGUAACGCAGGGAUAAGUAUAGGUAGGUCUGUGUUACAGGGAGGGCCGCUUGUCUUUAAAUGCAGGAAAGUUUGUAUCUUCUUUGGGGUGUCUUACAGCAUUCUUGUACAUGCUUAUAGUUGUCUGUUGGGCUUGUUAUCUAUCAUGUUCUUGUUAGUAGAUUUCACUGAAUUCUAUGGAGAGACUAGAAUUGCCUUGUGAUCAGGAUAACUCCUAUUUCAUAUGUCCAGGGGUGGGCUGCUGGGGGUUCGCACGGGUUUGGGCAAUCAUCUAGCUAGGAUUCUGUCC